CGUUAAUAUUACAACAAAAUACAAACUUUAAUCCUACCAAAGCAAAAAAGCAAAAGCAACACGCUCCGAAGAGAAGUGGUUAUGGCGGAAACUCGGUGUUUGGCAAUUAUAGACGAAGAGGAAAUAGAAGUAGACGACGAUGACAUCUACGAGAACAUUGAAGCUCCCAAGUUCGUCGACCUCACCGCACCUGAUUGUCGCCGCCCCGACCAUGACCGCCACUGGUUCUGCUUCCGCGUUGGGUGUGACCAAAAGCAUGAGCAAGAGUUGGACUCUGAGGCAAUUUACAAGAAUUUUGUUCUUCGGGUUAUGGCAGCUAGAAGUCCAAAUGUACGCCUCAGAAAAGCUUUGAAUAGAAGAGAAGCAAGUGCAAACUUGAAGUGCCCCCUUACAGCUCCUGCCAAGUCAAGGGUGUCAAGGAUGGACUUAAUUUCCUCCUUGCCACACAAGAUGACUGACAAUAACGUGAAAGUUAAACCUCUUUCUAUGGUUGCUGCAACCCCGAAUGCUAAGGUGAAGCAAUCACCUUCGGUGGCCAAGGCCUUGACUACACCAAGGAAUCAUCAGAAGAAGGUUUCCAAGGUAGAACAAUUUAGAAGUGUUCAGAGCAAGAAAGCCUUGACUGUUGGUGUGCCUAAGAGCAGAGUGGUGGCGAAGGCUCUUGUUUUUCACUCACCUAAGAAGGUACUAAAGAUCAAGAGUUCUAUAGAGUUGAAAACAGCAAUGAGAACACUGUGUUCAGCAAUGAAUAAGCUUGAACUUAAUGGAGUGAAGAAGAAUGGAAAAGGAGGUAGCAACUCAUUGGCAGUGGCUACCUCCAAAAAGCAAUUGAGGGGAAGAGAGGUUAAAAGCCGUGUGUUUGAUUCCUUGUAUUCUAAUAAUCGCAAGGAACCAGAAACCAACACAAAGACAAGUUUGAAGGAGAAGAAAGUAAAAAAAGGCACGCAGAAAUGCCCGGUUGCUGUGCCUCAUGAAAAUGACACUAGUCAUAUGGAGAUAGAUGAGAAAUCUAGGUGUGGCUCUCUAGAAGGAUGCCAUGAAUCAGGAACUUCAGGAAGUGGUGGUGAACUGUCUUUUGGAGAUGAAAAAUCCCAUAAAUCAACAAGAGGAGAGAGUUCAGUUCCAGUUUUGACAGAAGCUUCUAGAAGUGACAUUACCUCGCUUUCGAGUUUGAACAAUGAAGAGAACAAGACUACAGAAAGGAGUGAAAAUGAAGAGACAAAGAACUCAGUUUCUAAUAAGGGAAAAGUAUCUGUAGCCAAGAAGAGAAAGGCUGAAGAAAAUUCAUUGGCUUCUGAUGACAGAGAAAAUGAGAGGCAACUCACUGAGAAUGAUGAAAAGGAAAAUGUUUCAGCCCCUCAUGAGAACAUAGAGAUUAGUAACAAUGAUGACGUGCCCAAAAAAAAGGCUAUUCUUGGGAGCAAGCAUGAGGAUUCUAGAAAAACACAAAAGAAAUUCACAUCGACCUCAACUACUCCUCAAGUUCUGAAAUUCAGAAAAUUAAAGCCCACAAAUCCUAAGCCCUUUAAGCUGAGAACUGAUGAAAGGGGAAUUUUAAAAGAAGCAAACUUGGAUAGAAAAAUUCCCUCAUCUUUAAAAGAAACCACAGUUAAAGGUAGUGAGUCCAAGGCAAUGAGGAAAUAUCAGAAUGCGAACCGAUCAAGUGAAACUUGUUCCACAAAAAGUGAACAAGACACUGAUAAUCAUUAUAGCAGCUGUGAUGAGAAAUCAAACCAAACAACACGAGAAAACCAAUCUGGGAGCAUUAAAAGUAACAACUCCAACUGCAAGGUGCAACGAAAAUUAUCUGCUACAUCACCUCUUAGAAAUCCUCCUGGUCCUAAACUUCAGAAAGUCACUGAUCUGGAUGACAAUUUGAAAAGAAAAUCCCGAAUGAUGCAACGAAAAAUUGUAAGGCCUAGAAGUGCUUUGCCAAGGAAGAAAGAAAGAGUUGUCCUUGCAACCAAACUUAGUGUUAUUGUGGAAAAGGCAUCAGAUAUUGUGAAGCCAAAGGAAACAAAGCCACGUAAAAAUGACGCAGUUUCUUCACCUACAAGUAAAACUACAGGUUCCAUUCACAGGCCUUUUUCACGGGGAAAGAGAGAUUUAACUGUUCCCAAGGAACCAAAGUUUCAGAGUCUACAUGUGCCAAAGGACUGCACCACCGGGGGACACACAUAAGAGCUUUUUUGGGGAGGUUGUUCAAUAUAUUCAUUGAAUCUUUAGCAGCUUUCGGAAAAUGGAUAAUGUAAAAGGUGUGUUGUUGUAACUUAGCGAGUUUGUCUAGACUGCAUGUAUCGGCUUCAGCUUUAAUUAUGACAAUCAUGAAGAGAGCUUUCUGAGUUUAAUUAUGCACGGUCACUUGUAAGUUUGAGAGAUGAAUCAUAUGUAUAUUUGAGUUUUUUUAUUUAUUUGUACUUUAUCGGCUU